AUGACCUCCGACACCACCUUGCAGCUUCAGCACCAGCUGCGACAGGACUCGGCCCAGGACGCCGAGGCUGCCCUCGCGAUCCUCGAGGCGACGCACUCCUCCAGUCCACCCCGCGCCCCCCUCAAGAGACAACGCUCGUCUCGCUCGGCCACGGCCACCACCGCUGCCAGAGACCACGGCCAACCCAGCGCGGAGCUUGACGUCGAUGCGUACCUGCAAGCCCGCCGCCAGCUAUACGAGGCCGAGACGUCCAUCGCAUUUGACUACCGCUGCCGCGCCCGCGCCACGCCGCUCGAGCAGGCCGUCGACGGUAUCCUGCACCGCCUGCGCCGGCUCGACCGCGAGUGCGUCUACGACGCCGCGGAACCUCGGUGUGGCCACGGUGGGCAGCGCCACCCGCGCUUCCCCGGCGACCACUUCCUUGGCAAUCUUGACCUUAUAGAGAACACGCGACUGCUUGACGUCGCCCACCGCUUGCCCAAGGGCGCCCACCUGCACAUCCACUUCAACGCGUGUCUGCCGCCGGCCGUGCUGCUCGGCAUCGCCAAGGGCAUGGACCGCAUGUUUAUCACAAGUGACUUGCCGCUGGUGAAAGAUAACGGGCGCGAAAACUACUCCAAGUGCGAGAUCCAAUUUUCGCUCCUGAGCGUGGACAAGGAGGACGACGCGCCGGGGAACCUCUUUAGCGCAGGGUAUAAGCCGCGGCAGACGAUGAAGUUUGCGGCGUUUCUGGAGCUGUUCUCACAACAUUACCCGGGCGUGGACGCGGAAGAGUGGCUUGUGAACAAACUAGUCUUUUCAGAGAAGGAAGCCCAUGGAGUGCUGCAAACCGCAGCUGGCGCCUGGGAAAAGUUCAAUGGACGCACAAGAAUGAUGAAGGGUCUUUUCAACUAUGAGACGGCGUAUCGCAAGUAUACGCGGCUCUGCCUCGAGGACUUUUUGCGCGAUAAUAUCCAAUACGCCGAGAUUCGGCCCAACUUUAUGAGGAGCAACCAACUGUACCACGACGACGGCACGGGGCCUAUUGAUAACCAAGGUAUCAUGAACAUAAUCAUAGACGAAGUCACCGAGUUUCAGCGAGAAAUAACGGCACAAGGCCGAUAUUUUGGCGGCAUCAAGGUCAUCUACUGCACACCCCGCUCGCUGGACCGCGCGGGCGUCAAGGCGGCGCUGGACGAGUGUCUCGAGUUUAAGCAGCGCUGGCCGAAAUGGAUCGCAGGCUUUGAUCUCGUCGGCGAGGAAGCACGCGGCCGGCCGCUGAGCGAGUUUGUCCCCGAGCUCCUCGCGUUCCAGGCGCAGUGCCGCCAACUUGCCAUCGACAUCCCCUUCCUCUUCCACUGCGGCGAGACUCUGGAUACGGGCUCGUCGACCGACGGCAACCUGCUGGACGCGCUGCUCCUCGGCGCGCGGCGUAUCGGGCACGGCUUCGCGCUGCCCAAGCACCCACUCGUGCUGCAGCGCAUGCGCGCGCGGGGCGUCUGCGUCGAGCUCUGCCCCAUCUCCAAUGAGAUCCUCGGGCUGACGCCGCGCGUCAACGGGCACGCUAUGUACGCCCUGCUGGCAAACAAUGUGCACUGCGCCGUGAGUUCGGACAACGGCGCCUUGUUUCGAUCAUCGCUGUCGCACGACUUUUAUCAAGUCAUGAUCGGCAAGGCCGACAUGGGCCUCUACGGCUGGAAGCAACUCGCGCUCUGGAGCAUCGAGCACGCCUGCCUCGACGACGACGAGCGUGCCGCGGUGCUGCAGCAGUGGGAGCGCAUGUGGGAUGAGUUUCUGCAAUGGGUUGUGGAAACGUACGCUCCGAGUAGAGCCAGCAAAACAUACUUCUAA